AUGCACCAAACAAACUCCUGCGCCGGCAUAUCUUUCAAAUCGCAAGCCCUCUACCUCCUCGUCUACAUCACCCGGUAUCUCGACCUCUUCUGGACCUUCACCGAUUCCCUCUACAACACCACCUUCAAACUGCUCUUCCUCGGCUCUUCAGGCUACACCAUCUACCUAAUGACCACCUCCUUCAAACCCACCCACGACCCCAACCUCGACACAUUCCGCGUGCAGUAUCUGCUCGGAGCCUCGCUCGUCGCCGCCAUCAUCUACCCCUACGCCUACACGCCCGCGGAACUCCUCUGGGCAUUCAGCAUCUGGCUUGAAUCCGUAGCGAUUCUCCCCCAACUAUUCCUAUUGCAACGAACAGGCGAGGCCGAGACCAUCACGGCGAAUUAUCUCUUUGCGUUGGGGAGUUACCGUGCACUCUAUAUACCGAAUUGGAUCUGGAGAUAUUUCAAAGAGAGUCAUGUGGAUGGGAUUGCAGUGUUAGCGGGUGUGGUCCAGACGAUUCUUUAUUCGGAUUUCUUCUGGAUUUAUUAUACGAAGGUUAUGAAGGGGAAGAGAUUUACUUUACCCGUAUAA